AUGACCAUCUCCUCCCAGUACGAAUUGGUCGAGGCCAGCGACAUCGACGUCAUCAACUACACCCGCUCACGCAACGCCGUCUCCUGGAAGGGCGCGUUGUCUGCCGAGGACUACGUGCUCAGAGAACGGGUGUUGGGCAAGUCCAGGGCCACCACCACCACUCCCCACCGGUUGGCAGUGUUCGUGUUACGUCGCAAGGGCACCACAGAGCCCUUGGCGUCGUGCGAGCUCUUUAUCAGAAGCGCCUGGCGAGUGGACUACGUGGACAGCGUGCCUGUCAAGCGGCAAGUGUUGUGUGGUUGCGUGGGGGGCGUUUUCACCUAUCCUGAAAACAGAAAGCAAGGCUUGGGCAAAAUCAUGAUCGACCAGUUGGUCGAACACAGCAAGCUGAGCAAAUACGUGGGACCCGACGGCUACACGUUCUUGUACUCGGAAAUCGGCGAGUACUACACCCAGUUCGGGUUCAAGUCGUUUGCCGUCCCCUUGACAAACAUCUCCUUGGACGACAAGGGCGACGAGCACGAUUUGGGCAACCACGAAUUGAUCUACUACCACCAGUUUGACGAAUACUAUCAAUACUACUCUGACCAGGUACAGAGAAACACCCUUAAACAAGUUGAAGCAGACAAAAAGUCCAGGGUCACCAUCGCGCCCACUUCUGACUACGUCAAUUGGUUCCACUUGCGUAGCAAGUACAUCAGCUACAAGCUCUUCUACGAGCAUAAGGAACCAUCCAAGAUGGACUUUGCAAACGCUACCUACGAGCAGAUUCUCGCCAGGUUCGAAGACACCGAGCCCAAGGUAUAUGGAAUUAAGUUGGUGGACGAAGCCAAAGAAUGGUACGCUGCCAUAACCUGGACCUUGGACUUCUCGGGCGACACCGAGAAUUACGCCACAGUGUUGAAAAUUAUUAUCAAGGACGGCCAUGACAGAGACUCAAACACGAUCAAAUUGUUCAAGUUGAUGAAGCAGUAUUUAAGGUCUUUUGACAAGAUCGGGAAUGACUUCAAUCAACGCACCACCAAAAUCGUGCUUUGGCAAUCAGAAGUGUCGGAGCUGGUAUUAUCUUUCUUGGUCGAAAAGUGGGGCAGCAAACAUGGAAUAGACAACUCGUCGAGAUCUGCCAUUUUGAUGCACAACCACGAGGAUGAAGAAAACCUCAAACAAGGAAAAUUAUUGUGGGAGGGCAAUGAUAAACUCCCAUGGUUUUAG